AUGGAUGGAUACGAGUCCAGGUCUGGGAAAGCCAAAUUCCUGCACGCGAGUGAGAGCAACUGCCAGGACAUCGACGAGUGCUGCAAGACCUCAGAUAUCUGCAGUCCCAAGGUCAUGUGUAUCAAAACCAAUGGGAGUUACUGGUGUAAGUGCCGGGCCGGCUACGUCCCCUCCAACAGGAACACGACCCUGUGUCAAGUUGAAUGCUACUGCCAACAUGAUGCUGAAACUGCAGUAAUCCAGCUCCAGUUCCUGAUUAAUGAGGGAGCUCUUGUGAGUGCCUUGGCUGAUGACACAUUACACCUAUGGAAUUUGCGUCAGAAGAGACCUGCUAUAUUUCAUUCACUCAAAUUUAACAGAGAAAGGAUAACAUUUUGCCAUCUGCCUUUCCAAAGUAAAUGGCUAUAUGUGGGUACCGAAAGAGGAAACAUUCACAUUGUCAAUGUGGAGUCCUUUACACUCUCAGGCUAUGUCAUCAUGUGGAAUAAAGCCAUUGAACUGUCAUCCAAAUCUCAUCCAGGACCUGUUGUCCAUAUUAGUGACAAUCCAAUGGAUGAAGGAAAGCUCUUGAUUGGCUAUGAGUCUGGAAUAGUAGUAUUAUGGGACCUCAAGUCAAAGAAGGCAGAUUACAGAUACACACAUGAUGAGGCUAUUCACUCUGUUACUUGGCACCAUGAAGGAAAACAGUUCAUUUGUAGCCAUUCAGAUGGUACCUUGACCAUAUGGAAUAUAAAAUCCCCUGCCAAGCCACUUCAGACAAUCACUCCACAUGGAAAGCAGUUAAAAGAUGGGAAGAAGCCAGAACCUUGCAAACCUAUCCUAAAAGUGGAAUACCAAACAUCUAGAGCUGGGGAGCCUUUUAUCAUUCUGUCAGGAGGCUUGUCGUAUGAUACUGUAGGAAGAAGACCCUGUUUAACAGUCAUACAUGGGAAAAGCACUGCUGUGCUAGAAAUGGAUUAUUCUAUUGUUGAUUUUCUAACCCUCUGUGAAACUCCGUACCCUAAUGAUUUUCAAGAACCAUAUGCUGUGGUGGUUCUUCUAGAAAAGGAUUUAGUACUUAUAGACCUUGCACAAAAUGGGUAUCCUAUAUUUGAAAAUCCCUAUCCUUUGAAUAUACAUGAAUCUCUUGUUACCUGUUGUGAAUAUUUUGCUGAUUGUCCUGUGGACCUCAUUCCUGCACUUUAUUCAAUUGGGGCUCGACAGAAACAUCAAGGUUACAGUAAAAAGGAAUGGCCUAUCAGUGGAGGCAACUGGGGUUUAGUCACUCAGAGCUACCCAGAGAUCAUUAUUACAGGACAUGCUGAUGGGUCAAUCAAGUUUUGGGAUGCCUCUGCAAUAACACUGCAAGUACUUUACAAGCUAAAAACAGCUAAAGUAUUUGGAAAAUCAUAAAAUAAGGAUGACAAGCCAAACACAGAUAUAGUAGAUGAAGAUCCAUAUGCCAUUCAGAUCAUCUCGUGGUGUCCAGAAAGUAGAAUGCUGUGCAUAGCAGGAGUUUCUGCACUGGGGUUGUUAGUGGGGCAGCAGAUACUGAGAGUUGGACCCCAGCUCUUUCAGAGGCCAGUGACUUUUGAGGAGGUGGCUGUGUAUUUUACCAUGGAGGAAUGGGCUCUGCUGGACCCUGUUCAGAGAGCCAUCUACAGGGAAGUCAUGCAGGAGAACUAUGAGACAGUGGUCUUGCUGGGGGCUGUGAGCAGUGUGUCUGAGAUAGAGGUGGGACUUUUGGUGAUGCUUGUAUGA